UCUCCUCGCCCCCUCGCCCCCUCGCAUCCAGGAUUCUGUUUAGCGCUUCAUCAUCGAAUCAAGAACUGGCAGAUCUUGGUGUACUCACAACAUAAGUAUCAACACAAGAUUAGCUUACUAAAAUUGCAUUGGAUCGUGGAAUUUAGGUACAAGUAUAAUUAUUUAGCUGUGGCAUUGUAUUGGUUUUGAGAUAAGACUAAUGUAGAUUAACAAAUUGUGCAAGCAAGAAAAAUCAGACUGUACUCUGGUUGGAUGUUAGAAGCUUCCAGAAUUGCUGGAAUUUGUUUUGUUUCUAUGUAAGUAUUGAUGUGAGGCAGGGACCACUGCGUGAUUAUUGACCUCAAGAUCAUUGCAAGGGUAAGGCUCCCCAAGAUGAUAAUGUCUAUCACCUCUUUCUGACAUUCCUUAUCUCAGCUCUUCCUUUGAAAGAAAAGACAUUAUAAAGUGUUAGAUGAGAAAGAUGGUAUCUUUAUUACCAAGCUACCUUAACCAAUCAGCUGCUAAGAUUUUAUUGUUUUCCAAUUAGGUGCCUUGAUUCUAGAUUUAUUUUGGUGGAAUUCAAGAGACAAUGUACCCAGGUGGUUAUACUGCUGAAGUGACAAGCCUAUCUCCAAAAGCUACUGAGAAAGAUGUUCAUGAGUUUUUUGCUUACUGCGGUGCAAUUGAGCAUGUUGAAAUUAUCAGAUGUGGGGAGGAUGCAUGUACUGCUUAUGUAACAUUUAAAGAUGCCUAUGCACUUGAAACUGCUAUCUUACUCAGUGGAGCUACGAUAGUUGAUCAAUCAGUGUGCAUAUCACGCUGGGGAUCAUACAUAGAUGAUUCUUAUCCUUGGGAUGCUCCUUCAUGGAAGAUUCAAGAGGAUAGUAACUCAAUGAUUGCCCAUGCGAACCAAUUUGCUUCUACACCUGGAGAAGCAGUCACAGCAGCUCAGGAAGUUGUUAAGACCAUGAUGGCCAAGGGAUAUGUGCUGGGCAAAGAUGCUUUAUUCAAGGCCAAAGCUUUUGAUGAGUCCCAUCAAGUUUCAGCUACUGCAGCAGCUAAGGUUGCCGAACUCAGCAGCAGAAUUGGGCUUACAGAUAAAAUCAACACUGGAAUGGAAACCGUUAAAUUCGUGGAUGAGAAAUUCCAUGUCUCAGAUAUCACCAAAUCAGUUGCAUAUGCCACUGGCACAGCAGCUGUGAUUGCAGCAACCGUUACCGGUAAAGCUGCCAAAACAGCUGCUACUGCUGUAGUCAACAGCAGCUACUUUGCCAAGGGAUCUCUCUGGGUUUCUGACGUUUUGUCCCAUGCAGCCAAAGCGGCAGCUGAUCUGGCUACUCAUGAAAGUAAACAAGCAGAAACUUAAGUUGAUAUGUCCAUUUAGCUUACAAAGACAAUGUGAGCCCUUUUUCACUUCCCUGUCCAAAAGUAAUUAGUCUGUUGUAUACAACUUUCCCAGUUAAUGCAGUUGUAUGACAUGUUUUUCUAAAACAUUCUCUUCUUUGGGAGUGACGUAGUCUGCUGGUUUUAUCUUCUGUGGAAUGGACCUGAUGUUUGAGUCUUCCUUGCCAUUGAUGACUUGACUCAGCUUCCAAUUUCGGCUGAUUCUGCUCCACUGAAUGCGAGAUCUCAGGUCCAUGAUGACCUAUUAAAGCUUCUGAGUCAAA